UCCCCUCUACUCCUACAUAAAUGAAGCGUCCGCACCACCGUUUCCACCCAAACUCCCCUGCCCCCCUCCUACUCACACCACCAACGCCAACCAGGCAACCAGCCCAGCCACCCCACGCGCGAGCGAGGGACAGCGGACAGCGCGUUCGGUGGUCGAUCCGAUCCCAUGGAGGCCGAGGCGUUCCCGAUACAGUUCACGCGGGGGGUGCGCGCCUACUGGCGCCGGCGCAAGUACCACCGCCUGGAGGCCGCGGACGGCGGCAAGUCCCGUGUCACGCGGCAGCUGGGCGCGUCGCGGCGCGGCGGAGGCGGGUGGGGCGCCGUCCGGCGGCUGCGCGUGCGGGUGCGCGUGGCCCUGGCCGCGCCGCGGCGCGCGCUGGCGCGGGCGCGGGACGCGUACGUGGGCGCCAUGCUGGCGCUGGCCAGGAGGGCGUCGGCGAUCACGCUGCCCGGCGGCGGCCCCGACGGGCUCUGGACCAAGCGGGUGCCGCGCCGGAAGCAGCUGCCGGCGCCGAGCGCCGCCCGGACCACGGAGUUCGAGCAGCGGCUCAUCUUCGAGAUCUACAAGUCCAUCGUCGCGUCCAAGGAGCUCACCGCCAUGCUCCACUCCUCCGCCGGGCACCUGCCGCAGGCGGCGGCGCCGAUGCCCGCCAAUCACCUGCUCGACAUGUGAUGCGUGUGAGCCGGGGAGUGCACGCGCGCGCUGCUGAUCCGAUCAAGAGCGGCAUGUACGCUCUUCCUUUAUUAGCUGGUAGUCAGAGUGAGAAUUAUCAGUACUGCCGCUGUCCUUCCCCUGUGAAUGCAAGCAAGCCGCCUGCUGCAAAAGUGGCAGCGUGUAAAAUGUAUAAAUUCUAAGAAAAUUUGCAGAGCAGCAAAUCCGUGGCUUGGUUUUGUACGAUUAUUCAGCUGCGACUACUGUUAACCUCCACAUCAA